GUCAUUUCCCAGGGCAGCGCAGUGGGAGGGGAUAAAUUUCACGAGUGAGAUUUUAAACAAUUCAUAUAAAUAAUAAAAAAAAGAACCUUAUUUGACUUUUAUUGAAAGCAAUCUGUAAUUAGUAUAAGUCCUUUUAUCAUAAUCUUGAUUUCCAUAUCAGCGAAAUAAAAAUAAGAAUCAAACUGAUAAGACACUGCGUCAUUGACGGCAACAAAAAAAAGGUCGGUGCGCCUUUAAUGAAAAAUAUUCCGAUAUGACGUCCCAAAGGUUAUUUAAUUAUUAAUUAUUUGUCAUUUUAUGUAUCCAGUAUAUAAUAUUUCAAGUAUUGAAAAAGUGAUAAUGUGUUAGUGCGAAAAACAAACAUUUACUUUGUUACAAACUACUAUAUUGUAAUUUUUUGUUUUUUGGAGUCAACAAAGUGAUAUAUAGUUAUAUUGUGAUCAAGAGAUCGGCAAAAGAAACAAAUCAAAGGAAAUGGCUUCGGAGCGUACUCCUCUUACGGAUAAAGAUUAUCCACCACCACCUUAUACCCCUAUAGCUCCUCAACCAACCUGGCAAUCACCUCCUGGAUAUUAUCCAGCAUCGACAAAUCCUUAUCAACAAGAAUCUACGACAAUUAUUGUUCCUGAAAUUAUUCUCGUUGGUGCUUGUCCUGCUUGUCGAGUGGGUGUCUUAGAAGAUGAUUACACAUGCCUCGGAAUAUUUUGUGCGAUAUUUUUCUUUCCACUUGGAAUCAUAUGUUGUUUGUUACUGAAAAAUAGACGUUGUUCCCAUUGCGGUGCUUAUUUCGGCUGAAAUAUUCUAUACUUGAAACGAUAUGAACCAAUCCUUGAAAAAAACACAGAUUACCAAAUUAAGUGGUUGUCCUUGAAUUUGUGAUAAAAUAUAUUGUCUCUUAAUAAAAGAACAAAUUUUUUUAUAUAUUAGAUGAAUAUUGAAAAAUCAAGAGAUAAAGUAUUAUUAAAAACAAUCGUCUAUAUAAAAUGUUCACUUUAUAAAUUCUACUACAUUCCGAUAAAAUUAACAGGCAAUUAUUAGAAAGUUUAUUUUUCGAUAAAUUUCAUUUAGUAUAAUAAAAAAAAGUACAAAGAAAAUAAAAAAGCAAUGUAUCGCUUUUUUGAAAAAAAAAGAA